AUGGAGCCCGGCGGGGACCACCGGAGCCGGAGCGGCGGAGGCAGGGGCGGCCCCGGGCCAGCAGCGGCCUCGGCACGGGGCCGACGGCUGCCGCCCGCCGGAUCGAGCGGCGGCGCGGAACCCGAGGAGGACGACGGCGGGCAAGAUCUGCAGCUGGAAGGGGGUGCCUUGGGGUCCUGGGGGAGUGCCCCCCUGCCCUCCUCCAGGGCCAGGGGACCCGCAUCUUCAGGCAGGAAAUACUCAGACCACUGUGAGGCCCGGGCCUCGAGGCCCGGAAAGAGCCGCAUCCCCGGCCGUGACCACCGGCGCUACUACCACGACCACUGGCGGCUGGAGUACCUGAUGGACUUCAACCCCGCCCGGCACGGCAUGGUGUGCAUGGUGUGCGGCAGCUCCCUGGCCACGCUCAAGCUCAGCACCAUCAAGCGGCACAUCCGCCAAAAGCACCCCUACUCCCUGCAUUGGAGUCCCCGGGAGAAGGAAGUCAUCAGCAACAGCUGGGAUGCCCACUUGGGGCUGGGGGCCUGUGGAGAGUCUGAGGGCCUGGGGGCCCAGGGGGCUGAGGAGGAGGAGGAAGAGGAAGAAGAAGAGGAGGAGGAGGGGGCUAGCCUGCAAGCUUGCCCGUCCAAGGGCCCAGGCAAAGCCCCAGCUGGUGAGGGCGGCCGAUGCCAGCGGCGAGGGGGCCCAGUGGCACCCCGGGCUCGGCGUCGGCGCCUGUCAGCCUCCCGGAGGGCCGGGGGCAGCAGGGGGCUGGGGGCCCGGCGGCUGGAACGGAGGCUGAAGGAGUCCCUGCAGAACUGGUUCCGGGCAGAGUGUCUCAUGGACUUUGACCCUCGGGGGAACCGGCUGGUGUGCAUGGCCUGUGGCCGGGCACUGCCCAGCCUGCACCUGGACGACAUCCGUGCCCACGUGCUGGAGGUGCACCCCAGCUCUCUGGGGCUCAGCGGCCCCCAGCGCAGCGCCCUGCUGCAAGCCUGGGGUGGCCAGCCCGAGACACUGUCUGAGCUCACUCGGUCCCCACCAGACGACGACCUCGUCCCCCAGGACCUGACCAGAAAGAGCCCGGACCCCGCCCCCACUGCUGGAGCCCUUUCCUCUCAGGAUCUCAGUCCCCCAGACGUAAAAAAGGAAGAGGCUGGCGGGGUCCCUGAGAGGCCCGGGCCGGCAGAGGAGGAGGGCGAGUGGGUGGGGGUCCCGGGCCGGUCGCCGCGGGGCCGUGACCACCGCCGCCGCUACCAGGAGCGCUGGCGGCUGGAGUACCUCAUGGAGUUGGACGGCGGCCGGCGCGGCCUGGUGUGCAUGGUGUGCGGGGGCGCGCUGGCCUCGCUCAAGACGAGCACCAUCAAGCGGCACAUCCGCCAGCGCCACCCGGGCUCCACGCGCCUCAGCGGGCCGGUCAAGGCCCUUAUCGCCCAGGAGUGGAGCGAGCAGGCCGCUCACCUGCUGGCCCUGGGGCUGCCGAGCCCCGAGUCCCCCAGGGACCCUGCCGCCCCCCGCACGGCCGCAGCCUCCGAGGAGGGGGGAGGGGAAGAGGAGGAGGAGCCGGAGGAGGAGUGGUGGGGCGACGUUCCGCUCUCUCCAGGGGAGCCGUCGGAGCGGCCCGCGGAGGAAGAGGACGACGACGACGACCAGGAGCCCGGGGGCCUCGCCUUCCCGCCGCCGCCGCCGCCGCCGCCUCCGCCGCCGCCGCCGCCCCGCAGCCGAGAGCAGCGGCGGAACUACCAGCCGCGCUGGCGGGGCGAGUACCUGAUGGACUACGACGGCAGCCGGCGCGGCCUGGUGUGCAUGGUGUGCGGGGGCGCGCUGGCCACGCUCAAGGUCAGCACCAUCAAGCGGCACAUCCUGCAGGUGCACCCGUUCUCCAUGGACUUCACGCCCGAGGAGCGCCAGACCAUCCUGGAGGCCUACGAGGAGGCGGCGCUGCGCUGCUACGGCCACGAGGGCUUCGGGCCGCCGGCCCCGGCGCCGCGCGACGGCGGCGCGGACCUCAAAGCGGGCGCCGUUUGUCGGGCGUAGCGGGCUCGCGGGGCUGCUCGGCCGUGUGCUCGGCCGGCCCUCGGGCCGGGACACCCUGCUUCCCGCGGCCCUGACCGCCGCAGC